AUGAAGUUGUUGGUAAUAGUCACCACGGUCGUGGUCUCGUCAUCAGCGGCUCCCCAAGGCUAUCACCUGGAUACGCCUUCAGGACCAAGCUUUGAAAUAAGAGGUUCAGGCUCAGGAUUUGGAUUAGAAACUUCAGUCUCAGGUUUUGGAACGGGAGGCUUAGGCUCAGGUUUUGGAACAGGAGGUUCAGGCUCAGGUUUUGGAACAGGAGUUUUAAGCUUACGAUCUGGAAGAGGAGGUUUAGCCUCAUCUUUUAGCUCAGGAGGAUGCGGGCCCGGAAGAGUGCUGCAUGUCGACGGCAGAUGCGUCACUCCACGCGUCAACCGCAAAGUUUACUUGUAUGACGCGCCACCAGCGCCCGUGUCCCAUGGUCCCCCACCCUACAUACCUGAGCCAACCGUUGAGACAAACAUCGUGUUCAUCCGAGCACCAGAACAAGGACAAGGACCAGAUCCUAUUGUCAUACCUCCUCCGAGACAAGAACAUGUUGUGUACGUCCUUAACAAAGAGUCACCACAGCAACAGGAAGUGAUCGAACUCCCAGCUCCGCCAGCGAGCGAACCUGAAGUUUACUUCGUGAACUACGGUGACGGCGAGAACCCGGUUCUUCCCAGCGGCGUUGAUCUCCAGACUGCCCUGAACGCAGCUUCCCAAGGCGGUGGUCAAGUGGUCGGAGGCGGUGCCGGAGGCGUUGGGGGAGGAUUCGGAGGUAGUGGAGGAAACGGUGGAUUCGGAAGUAGAGGAAUCGGUGGAUUUGGAGAAAGUGGAGGGAGCGGUGGAUUCGGAGGAAAUGGAGGGAGCGGUGGAUUCGGAGGAAAUGGAUUUGGAAGCAGUGCUAUCAACGACGGUCUCGUGAGCAGUGGUGACAGCGGACAAUUAGUCGUCAGAGGAGGAGGAUUUAGUGGAGGAUCCAGUGGCGUUUCCUCUCUGCCAAGUCUUUAUUCCAUUACAAGAAAUAGAGGUCCAGAUUACAAUGAAGGUGAAGGUCGUAAUAAAACAAUUGUUAUUAGCCAAUGUGUUACGCAGGUCUCAGUAAUAGUUGCCACGGUCGUGGUCUCAUCAGCGGCUCCCCAAGAGUAUCACCUGGAUACGUCUUCAGGACCAAGCUUUGGAAUAAGAGGUUCAGGCUCAGGUUUUGGAACAGGGGUUCAGGCCUCAGGUUUUGGAACAGGAGGUUCAGGCUCAGGUUUUGGACAGGGGGUUCAGGCUCAGGUUUUGGAACAGGAGGUUCAGGCUCAGGUUUUGGAACAGGAGGUUCAGCUCAGGUUUUGGAGCAGGAGCUUCAGGUUUAGGUUUUGCAAAGGAGGUUUAGUCUCAGGUUUUGCAAGAGGAGGUUUAGCUCAGGUUUUGGCUCAGGAGGAUGUUGUCCCGGAAGUGUACUGCAUGUUGACGGCAGAUGCGUCACUCCACGCUGUCAACCGCAAAGUUUACUUGUAUGACGCACCACACGCACCCGUGUCCCGUAGUCCCCCACCUUAUAUUCCUGAGCCAAACUGGUUGAGGACGAACAUCGCGUUCAUUCGAGCACCAGACAAGGACAAGGGCUAG